UACACAACCUGCAGCCUCGCCACCAUUUUGCGUAGAAGAUUAACUACAGUCCGCUUUAAAGGUGGAAAAGAGCCUCUUUUUCCGGCAAUGGACGGCAUCACUAGUGAUGUUGCAGUUGGUGUAAAGAGAAGUUCAGAUGAUUUGCUUUCUGGCAGUCUUUACAGCAGUUCAAACACUUCAGUUAAGGCUAAUGGAAGUGACAGCAAAAAAUUAAGAGUGGAGGACGGCAUGGACAUCCCGCCCUCGAGAGUCAUUCACAUUCGUAAACUUCCGAACGAGGUUUCUGAGACGGAAGUCAUUGCCCUGGGGUUGCCUUUUGGGAAAGUUACCAAUAUCCUGAUGCUGAAAGGCAAAAAUCAGGCAUUUUUGGAGCUCGGGACUGAGGAAGCUGCGAUUACCAUGGUGAACUAUUACACAGCAGUGACUCCUCAAGUGCGAAAUGUUCCUGUGUGCAUCCAGUACUCCAACCACAAAGAGCUCAAAACGGACAGUGCGCUCAAUCAGCGUGCCCAGGCAGUUCUGCAGGCAGUGUGUGCCGUUCAGGAGGGAGGUUCUCCGAGCUCAGACUCAGCAGGAGAGUGUGUGUUAAUACCACCGCCAAGUCCAGUCCUGCGCAUCAUCAUCGAUAACAUGUUCUACCCGGUGACACUGGACGUCCUGCAGCAGAUCUUCUCCAAAUUCGGAACAGUGAUGAAGAUAAUCACAUUCACUAAAAAUAAUCAGUUCCAAGCGCUGCUGCAAUUCAGCGAUCCUGUAAAUGCACAACAGGCCAAACUGUCUUUGGAUGGACAGAACAUCUAUAACUCAUGUUGCACCCUGCGCAUCGACUUCUCCAAGCUGGUCAACUUAAAUGUAAAGUACAACAACGAUAAGAGUCGAGAUUACACAAGACCGGAGCUGCCUGCAGCAGACGGCCAACCUUCAGUUGAUCCGACGAUGGCUGCUGCACUUGGCAAGGACUCCACAUCCCUGCUUGGGUCGAUCAGUCCUCUAAGUGCGGCGGCUGCAGCAGCAGCAGCAGCUGGGCGAGUCGCUCUGUCAGGACACUCGGCGGCUGGUGCAGUGCUGCUAGCCAGCAAUCUCAAUGAUGAGAUGGUUACGCCCCAAAGUCUCUUUACCCUCUUCGGUGUGUAUGGGGAUGUGCAACGAGUCAAGAUCCUGUACAAUAAGAAGGACAGCGCCCUCAUCCAGAUGACAGACGGCAAUCAGGCACAGUUAGCUAUGAGCCACCUGAAUGGCCAGAAGAUGUUUGGGAAGAUCAUCCGGGUGACCCUUUCCAAACAUCAGACAGUGCAGCUUCCUCGAGAAGGCUUGGAUGAUCAGGGCCUCACUAAAGACUUCAUCAAUUCACCUCUUCACCGUUUCAAGAAGCCUGGCUCGAAGAAUUUCCAGAACAUCUUUCCUCCGUCAGCCACACUCCACCUCUCCAACAUCCCUGAGAAGGUGAAUGAAGAAGACCUGAGACUUCUCUUCUCCAACUCUGGAGGCACAGUGAAGGCCUUCAAGUUCUUUCAAGAUCGCAAGAUGGCUCUGCUGCAGAUGGCGACAGUGGAGGAGGCCAUUCAAGCCCUGAUCGACCUCCAUAGCUACGAUAUGGGCCGUGGCCAUCGCCUCAGAGUCUCCUUCUCUAAAUCCACCAUCUGAUGUGUAGCCUGCACCCUUUUCUCGUCCCCUACUCCCUGUGGAGUGUUGAGUGAUAGUUCAUUUGGAUCAGUCAUUCCUGAAGACCAUAUUAGAAACAUGCAGGCGCCAUUGCUCGCUCUUUCUCAGUAUUUUCUCUUUCUCCUGCUGUUAACCAUUUGUUGCUCCCAUAAAAAAAAAAUGUGCCUUACUUAUAUGAAACCACGUCAUCCCCCCCCCCCCCAAAAAAAAAAAAAAACUUCCUUGACAGACGAUAUAGCAGUGUAGGCACAUUUCCUUUGUUUGUGGUAAGGCGUUUUUUCUUUUUUUGUUAGCCCGGAUCUUGCCCCACCACUCUGACCUGCUGUUCUGUAGGAUAUUAAAUGUGGUAAUUUAUCUUUUGGAAAACCACAUUGGAGCGUUUUCAGGCCGGUUUUUAUUGGCUUGCUUUUUGUCUGUCGGAUAGCGUCGAGUUAUGAAUCGCUGAAAUACAAGUGACAUAGUUUAAUGAAUAACCACCUGCUAGAACACAUUCUGUUUUGUAUAUUUGUUGUUUGAGCUAACAGUUUUAAUGCAGUUUAAAAUUUUAUGCUGGAGACCCUUUAACUAACGCACACUCGAGUAGAAAGGGAUUUUUGAUGAACGUUAACAGCUGGCUCUUGGCAGUAGCGAGGCCAAGCUAACGGUUGUGUACGUUUGACCGAGGUCCAUUCAGAAUCCUCAUUAGCGAAAGCAGACAGUUGUCUGUUAGUUUAGAUGAUGUUUAUCAGGCAUGACCUGAUCACUAUAAACACUGCAAUCAACUCUUACCGAAGCAACCUGUCCUUGAAAUGAACUCUAAUUAAAGAGCAUGGAAGGAAUCCGUCCCUUUGUUUCUGAUCUGUGCAUGUUUUCUCAAGAUCAAAUAGUUUUAAUAAGGUAAUGAACCAAAUGAUUCGGUUUGUAGAUGCAAGAGGGUCUAAAGGGGACAGCUAAAGAUGAAACCUUUCAAUAAUAAGGAACAAUGAUGCGUUUGUACUAAUUUUACCUGCUAAACAACUUGCUAAUUAGCUUCCGUUAACUGUACAGAUACCCCAUUAUUCUUAAAUAGUUUCAUGAUGUGCAGAAGAGCUUAGGUAGACUCGAACCAUAUAAAAUGCGUUUUCCUAUCCAGGAUUAUUGAAGAUUAAAAAUUUAAAUACUCCAAAACAUGGAAGAAGGUCUAUAGUGCAUGAAUUAAAUGAAUACCACUCUCUUUUGUGUGAAAAUGACAUUGAAGUCACUCGGCAGAUCAAAUCCCACUGCGAUCAUUACUUGCACCCACACAGACCGAACACUUGUACUGGACACCCACUGUUUGACACUCUUGUGUAGGUCUAGAAAACAAAUGAUUAAUUUUCUUAAAAACGUCCUGAUUAUCCUGUAAUUUCUUUUUGAUGCAUUUGUGUGAAUUGUGCUCCUGAAAUAGACUUUGAAAUAAGUUUUGGUAAAAAGUUUUGUUUGCUGUUGACCGAAUCUGAUCACACCUCAAUCCUUUUGCUAAGUUUUGUGAUGUCGUCGUGAAGCAUACAAACCCUUGGAUGUGCACUACCAAUUAAAUGUUUGGAUGCACCUGCUGAAAGUUGGGUUUCUUGAUUUUUGGAAUCUUCUUAACCAGCUUCAUGAGGAGCUUUAAAGAAGAAGAAGGGGAGGCUUUUCCAAAACUUCCUAAAUAGUCUGAGCUCCUCAGUGUUCUAAAUGGAAAUAAGAUGGAAAUGACUUGGAGUAUUUAUUUAUUUAUAUACACACACACACACACACACACACAUAUAUAUAUAUAUAUAUAUAUAUAUAUAUAUAUAUAUAUAUAUAUAUAUAUAUAUAUAUACAGGGUGUCUCAAAAAAAUGUACUCACUUUGAAUGACGAGAAAACCUUUAUUUAUGAACAUAGUGAAAUGGAAUAGCUUCGAAUACAGAAGACAAAUGUAAUUGAAGAAUCAUGUUCGCAAAUGUUCAAAUUGAUGACCAUUAUUGUCCAGACAACGCUGAUAACGCGCACCAAGGGAUUCGCAAACAUCACAAAACAGGUCAUUAGGAAUAUCGCGACAUUGUCUUUCAAUUUCCAGUUUCAAUGCAUCAAUUGUUCUUGGUUUGGUGCGAUAAUUUCCUGCCAUGCUGUGAUUAAUUAAUUACACCUGCAACACAAAAAAGGCAGCAUGUUAGGGACAGUUAAAGUGUGAGUACAGUUUUUGAGACUGUGUGUGUGUGUGUGUGUGUGUGUAUAUAUAUAUAUAUAAUAUAGACUAUUCAUACAUUUGACUGGUAGUGUAUAACUAUUAGGACCAAAGCUGCCGUGCCUUUUGACUUCUGCAUGUUGUAUCAAGCUAGUUCAUUCAACAUUGGUUUUCAUUUCAACAGAGGGGAAAAAAACAGUCAGGAUUUAUCCCAGGCAGUAAACAUUUGUGGGAAUUCUCCAGUGAUAUUUGCUGUGUUUUGAAGGCUGAUGUUCGUUGAUGUACUAUGUGUUGAUUAAAUAAUCUGUGGUCUGAGGUUCAGAAUUAUGGAAGGGCUGUGUAUAUUUUCUACAUGGGUUGUUUUUACAUCUACAAAUUCAGUGUGAUUUGGAAGUGAUGCGAUUAAAAGUUCAUUUUUUUCUACCAGGCUCAUGCUGUAUGCUCCGUGUGUGCUUGUGCGCUUUCUCCUUCUGUAGCAUGCUCAAUAAACUCCUAUCACUCUGUAUUCACCUCUCUGACUCUCUGCUGUCUCUCUCUCUUCUGCUCUGAUUCUCUCUGCUCACACUGGACUACACAGGCAGGUUUCUUAUUCUUUUAUUUAUUCUCUCUCGAUUUAAAUUUUGCUAGGCUAGUCCAGGGCUCUGUUCUGGAUUGUACUCUGACUGAAGAUGGAGAGAUCACUGGAAGCUGAUGGCAGGAGUUGGACUUGGAGUAAAUGUCCUGAUUUGCAAUGGAUAACUCAAAUGCUCGGACAGCAAAAAGAAGGAAAUCUGUUAUCUCUAGCAGUUGCAAGGAUGGAAAAAGAAGGGGGAAGUCCAAUCAUUUAAUUCCGUCCCAGUGAAGUGAUUGGACGGCCUACCUGCCUGUCUGCUUUCCUACCUGUGCCCACGCUGCCACUGCACUCGUUGUGCGUGACCUUGUCUUCCACAAAGCUACACAGAUUGUAUUGCUAAAGUUAGUGAGCUCGUCAACAGCUGUGCGUAUUAACGAUACCUGUCUUUGUUGUUUACAUUCAUUAUGAUAAUUUGAGGUGUUUUCUUGCAUGUGAAUGAGAGAUGCGCUACACUCCUCUCCUGAACAUUCUCUCUCAGGGACUCGCUCUCAAGCAGUAAUCAGGCAGUGUGUGUUUUGGAGGAGUGGCAUUGGAAGGAAGGGGGUGGGAUACUUUUUUUUUUUCCAAUUUUUUUUUUCCUCUCUCUGGUUUCUCCAAAAUUACCUACCCUAACCCUAGCUUUAAAAUACUGCCACACAUUCGGUUUUCAUGAGGUUCCACCCAUGACAAGAACAGGCACUCUUCUGGCUUGGGCAUGCAAGUGUAUUCAUGCAAUUUCAAUAUACAUCUCAAAUGUAAAUGUAUAUCAGCAAAAGGGGUAAAUCUAUGGAAUAACCUUGAUAAAGAAUUAAAAAUGUGUGCAGUAUUAAAUGCCAAAAAAAAUUUGCAUGAUGCAUUUGUCUGUAUAUAAGAGAGGCCUACCUAUCUUAAGCUUCAUAUAUUUUAAUUUUGAUAAGGCUUCUUGGUAGAUAUGGUAAUUUUACAUUUACGCUUAGUUGACGUAUUUUCCCAAGAUUUAUUGCUUUUACUCUGUUUUUUUUCUUUUCUUUAAAAAGGGUAGGCAAAAUAAGCUUCGGUUUCAGCCUACACCUUUUUGGUGCCUUUCUGAUUUAGCUGCCCUGACUCUGUUUGUUCCUUGUGUAAAUGGACCGAAAUAAAACUACUACUACUACUACUAAUAAUAAUACGAAUAAUAAUAAUAACCUCGAAUCAGUAGUCAGCAUGCCCUCUUACCAGUACUGAAUUCCCAGAACAAUUGAAAAUAUAAUUUAAAGCCAUGUAAUGUUUAUUUAAUUUUUCUCUCAUUCACUUUUUUUUUUUUUUGUAACUGCGGCCCGAAGACACCCCGGAAGGCCUACCAAUCCAUUAUAGUGCACCCAUUUGCAUGCGUUUGCACAUAUCAAGGAGUAAUUUAUUUUAGCUCGUCUAUCCAGGAGCAUGUUUUUGGGAGGAAACUGGAGGAAUCCGUGUGGGCAUGGAGAGAAACGUACUGAAACUCCACACAGGACCUUGUCACUGUGAGGCAACAGUGUCAUUUUUUUUUUUUCUUUUUUAUUUAUUUAGACAAGUGAUCAGCAUACAUGAACAUCAAGACUGUUAAUGCAAUUUGUGGUGUCUGUUUUGUAAUGCUGAAUGCAUGCCAGAUUACAGUCAAAUGUUUAAGUUGUUUACAUAUCCGGUGAAAAUGGUCAAAUAAAUGGACUUCUUCCUGUUCAAGUAUCAA